AUGGAUCCAGCAAAGGGCAAAGGUCACAAGAGGGGCCCUGCAACCAGCCAGACUGACAGUGGUCGUUCCAAAAAGUCACGAUCAAGUGGGUUUGAUAAUGUGUGCGCAGCUUUCACAUCCUAUGUACAAGUCAAAAUAGGACAUUCACGUACACGAGAAAAUGAGACUGAGGCUGUAAGUGCAGGUGGUGAUGAUUAUUCCCUUGAUGCAUGUCAAGAUGCAUUGCUUGAGCUUGGGGACUUACCACCGUUGCAGUACAUUAGGGCACUGACACUGUUCAAGGAUAAGGAAUGGCGAAGACAAAGGCAUAUGUCAUCCGAUAGAGAAAACAAUACAAUGGAGCUCUCAUCAGAUGAGGAUGAGGAUUGUGUCGGUGCUAUCGAUGGCACAUUGGUGGAUGCAUGGGUCCCUACUUCAAGACAAAAUACAUUCCGCGGUCGGAAAGCAACGGUAUCGCAAAAUGUACUCGCAGCUUGCGACUUCGAUAUGUUGUUCACAUUUAUUAAUUCUGGAUGGGAAGGUAGCGCUCACGACAACGCUAUUCUGCUUGACUCUAUUACACGAGUUGGUCUACAGUUCCCACACCCACCCAAUGGCAAGUACUAUUUAGUUGAUGCUGGUUUCACGAACAUGCCUGGAUUUCUUGCCCCAUUUCGGUCUCAACGGUGUCACUUGCAAGAGUUUCAUGGCCAUCGUUAUGUAGGACCUAAGGAAUUGUUUAACCAUCAACAUUCGUCAUUACGCAAUGUCAUAGAAAGAACAUUUGGUGUUUUGAAGAAGCGCUUCCCAAUAUUGCGGUCCAUGCCAAAUUACAAGUCUACACGACAAGGGUCUAUCGUGAUUGCAUGUUGUGUAGUGCACAAUUGGAUCCGUUUACAUGCAGCUAUGGAUCCAUUCUUUAUGGAAGCUGAUAAUGAAAUGGCCGCAGAAGCAGAAGCAGAAGCAGACGGGCUUGUUGGAGAUCAAGCUGACUACGUUGACAUGUCACAACAUGGGUUAACGUCCCAAUCGAACGUUAGGGAUGCAAUUGCUACUGCUAUGUGGCAAAAUCAUGUUCACCAUGCAUAG